AUGGAUGACUUAGACAUCGGCGAGACGAAAGCCAGAAUUGCAAAGCAAGGAAGACGAGCUGCCAAAGCUGGUCUUCAAAUAUCUGAAACAGAAAAUCUAAGUGAGGAAAACUUGGAACCUACCAUAAAGGACAAUACCAAAUCCAAAAAUCGUAUUUCUGGAUGGGGUGAAGAAGGAUCUCAAAAGAACAGAAAAUCAUCAAAGAAUACAUCAAACCCAUUAGAAGAUGAGCGUCUUCGUCCUAAAAACCUUUUGGAAGAGGAAACAUCAGAUUCAGAAAUUCCAGUUAUUCCUGAACUUGAAGAACAAACAGAAGAAGAAGACAUCACAAUGCAAGUAGCUGAAGCUCCUGUGGUUCAGCUCAGCAAGAUAUUGACGUAUCGUGAACUGGAUAAUGAUUUAAAGCAGGCAACAUUUUUAACUUUGGAUAAUGAAGUGGAUUUGUCCGCCCUAACUCGGUGCCUCUUACCUGAAUCUGAUUUAAUUGAGGAAGACAAACCUUGGAAUUGGGAGCAUCUGUUUACCGAGAUUUCAUCAGAAAUAAUAAAUCUCAGUGAAAAGAAAGACAUUGAAUUAUCACCAACUAAAUAA